AUGAAGACGAGCAGAUGGGGGUUCCUCUACCACGAGGGAUUCUACUCUGGCUACUCUGUCCUCUACCCCGGGGGACUCUACUCUCACUACUCUGUCCUCUACCACGAGGGAUUCUACUCUGGCUACUCUGUCCUCUACCCCGGGGGACUCUACUCUCACUACUCUGUCCUCUACCACAGGGGACUCUACUCUGGCUACUCUGUCCUCUACCACGAGGGACUCUACUCUCACUACUCUGUCCUCUACCCCGGGGGACUCUACUCUCACUACUCUGUCCUCUACCGCGGGGGACUCUACUCUCACUACUCUGUCCUCUACACCGGGGGACUCUACUCUCACUACUCUGUCCUCUACCGCGGGGGACUCUACUCUCACUACUCUGUCCUCUACCCUGGGGGACUCUACUCUCAAUACUCUGUCCUCUACCGCGGGGGACUCUACUCUCACUACUCUGUCCUCUACCCCGGGGGACUCUACUCUCAAUACUCUGUCCUCUACCGCGAGGGACUCUACUCUCACUACUCUGUCCUCUACCGCGGGGGACUCUACUCUCACUACUCUGGACUCUACUCUCAAUACUCUGUCCUCUACCGCGGGGGACUCUACUCUCACUACUCUGUCCUCUACCGCGGGGGACUCUACUCUCACGACUCUGUCCUCUACCCCGGGGGACUCUACUCUCACUACUAUGUCCUCUACCGCAGGGGACUCUACUCUCACUACUCUGUCCUCUACCGCGGGGGACUCUACUCUCACUACUCUGUCCUCUACCCCGGGGGACUCUACUCUCACUACUCUGUCCUCUACCGCGGGGGACUCUACUCUCACUACUCUGUCCUCUACCACAGGGGACUCUACUCUCACUACUCUGUCCUCUACCCCGGGGGACUCUACUCUGACAACUCUGUCCUCUACCACAGGUGA